AAGCUUAUCUAUCAAACAUCAAAAAACUCAAAAGAGUUUGAGACUGACUCUUACCAAACAAAAUUGUAAGGAGGAAAUGGGAAACUAUACCUUAUUUUCUCUGAUACUCUCUUCUUCUCUGCUUUUGUUGUUGUAUGGUGUGCUGAGAAUUUCUUACUCCAUUUGGUUGAAACCCAAACUGUUAGAGAAGCGAUUAAAACAGCAAGGUAUCAGAGGCACUCCGUACAAACUGUUGGUUGGGGACAUCAAAGAGUUUGUGAGGCAAAUUACAGAAGCUUGGUCCAAACCCCUUAGUCUCAACACACAUCAGAUUGCACCACGUGCCGACCCCUUUACAUAUAAUAUUGUCCAGAAAUAUGGGAAAGUUUGUCUAUGCUGGGGUGGGACAACACCAAAGGUGAUCAUCAAGGACCCAGAGUUGAUGAAAGAAGUGCUAUCUAACAAGCUAGGUCACUUUGGAAAGCCACCACUAAACCCUCUUAUUCUCAUUCUAUCAAAAGGACUCACAAGUCUAGAAGGUGAAAUGUGGGCUAAACACCGCAGGAUAAUCAAUCCCGCUUUCCACCUAGACAAAUUGAAGGGUAUGAUACCAAGUAUCUCAAGCAGUUGCGCGAAGCUGAUAGAGCAAUGGAGAAAAUCAAGUGGACCUGAAGGAACUUGUGAAAUAGAUGUAUGGCCUGAAUUUCAGGACCUUGCAGGGGAUAUUAUUUCUCGGACAGCAUUUGGGAACAACUUUGAAGGAGGAAAAAAGAUUCUUCAACUUCAAAAAGAGCUGCAAGUGCUAGUUGUUGAAGCCAUGCAAACCUUAUACAUUCCAGGUUUCAGAUUUAUUCCAACGAAAAAGAAUCAGAGGAGAAAGAACUUGGACAAAAGGAUCACAUCAAUGCUCAAAACCUUGAUCCAGAGGAAAGAAAACGAAAUGAGAAGUGGGAAAUCCAGGGGUGAUGACUUACUAGGCUUGCUCUUACAAUCUAAUGAUGACCACCAAGACAAAGAAACUUCACCGGAUAAUAAUGCAAGUAGGACAAAAGCUAAUGGAAUGACAAUUCAAGAGGUGAUAGAGGAAUGCAAGGUAUUCUACCUUGCCGGCCAUGAAACAACAUCUUCCUGGUUGACAUGGACCAUGAUUGUCUUAGCCAUGCACCCGAACUGGCAAGAGAAGGCAAGGAAAGAAGUUCUACAAAUAUGUGGACAAAAAAGUCCUGAUUUUGAAGCUAUAAGCCACCUCAAAAUUAUGACUAUGAUACUUUAUGAAGUCCUAAGGUUAUAUCCACCAGUGAUUGCUAAUUAUCAACAUACAUACAAGGAAACCAAGAUAGGAGAUAUAUCCCUUCCAGCCGGUGUUGAUGUUACGCUACCUACAUUACUUAUCCAUCAUGAUCCUGAACUCUGGGGCAGUGAUGUAGAAGAGUUCAAACCUGAAAGGUUCUCUGAAGGAGUUUCAAGGGCAUCUAAAGACCAGCUAGCAUUCUUUCCCUUUGGAUGGGGCCCAAGGACCUGUAUUGGCCAAAAUUUUGCCAUGAUAGAAGCUAAGGUAGCUUUGGCCAUGAUUUUACAACAUUUCUCGUUUGAACUCUGUGUGUCCUACACUCAUGCUCCUAAUACUGUUAUGACUCUUCAACCACAACAUGGAGCUCAGGUUACAUUACACAAACUUUGAGGAGUCAAUUAGGCUAGUCUGAGUGUCGAAGGUUUGAAUUAUGUAUCGAAAUAAUGUGACUUUGCAUCACAACAGAAUAUCUGGUUUUGUGUUUGUAAGAGUGUUUUUACAUCCAAUAAAAAGAGUGUUUUCACAUCUUUUGGAACAAA